UGUACGUCACGAAUGAUGUCAUAAAAGUAGGCGGGCGUUUAAGGAAAACAUGGCUGCGCCUAUGUGAAAGUCACGUCGCCUGUAUGUCUGUGGUCUAAAAGUCAUAAAAAAUCAGCCAGAAAAGUAUUAUUUAUACUCAAAUGUUGUUGUGCUAAACGAGGCGAAAGCGAAUUUAGUUAUUCAGCUGCCUUUUGCGUGGUGAUAUUUCGAAAUCCCUGUCUAGACCGUUUCGAAUUGUGAUAUACCAGCACUCCCCAGAAUGGAACAAGACCAGCAACAACUACGAAAUCUCCGGGAUUUCCUCCUCGUGUACAAUCGAAUGACAGAGAUCUGCUUCCAGCGAUGCACAAGCAACCUUAACUACAGGAAUCUCACGAUGGAUGAGGAGCGUUGCGUGGACAGCUGCGCCGGCAAACUGAUCCGCUCCAACCACCGCCUGAUGGGCACUUACGUCCAGCUGAUGCCCGGAAUCGUGCAGCGACGUCUGGAAGAGAUGGAGGCCAAGGCCGGGGAGAUGGCCAAAUCGGCAGAGGCCGGCGCCGCCGUGGAGACCGUACCCACGGCAACGGCGGCAUUGCCUGAAGGGACUGUGGCGGAGUCGCCGUCAGCAUUUGCUUCAACCUCAGUGGGGCUAGUAGGAGAGAUUCCGCCAAUUACAGCGCCCCCUGCUGGUGGGGUAACAGAUAUUACACCUGUUAUAGCGCCACCUACUGGUGGACUAACAGUAGAUAUUCCAUCAGUUAUAGCACCACCUGGUGGUGGUGCAACAGUAGAUAUUCCAUCAAUUAUAGCGCCACCUACUGGUGGACUAACAGUAGAUAUUCCAUCAGUUAUAGCACCACCUGGUGGUGGUGCAACAGUAGAUAUUCCAUCAAUUAUAGCGCCACCUACUGGUGGACUAACAGUCGAUAUUCCAUCAGUUAUAGCACCACCUAGUGGUGGUGCAACAGUAGAUAUUCCAUCAAUUAUAGCACCACCUACUGGUGGAGUAAUGGUAGAUAUUCCGCCAGUUUUGGCGCCACCUACAGCCCUGGAAACGGUACAGCUUCCGCCAACUCUGUCACAAGCGCCUGGAGAACCAGCAGCAGUGGCGGUACCUGCGUUUUCGGCGAAACCGCGGCUGUCUGAGACGCUGAGGACCCUGCCGGACCUGGCCACCGCCCCGCCCCCAGUCCCGCCACCGGAGAAGCUCCCUCUGCCGCCGCGGGUCGAUCCGCCAAGUGCGCCGGGCGGCGCCCAGUCCUCGCCGAAUCUCGGCUCGGCGUCGUCCCGUCACGAUUCUCCAGCUCAGCCGCCAAGCGAGUGAUGGGGAGACCGCGUAGGACCACGCGGUGCCGAAGAGACGCCCUCGCUUGGGCGGCAGUGUAGCGUAACGGGCGAGGGAGUUGGUCUUGUAAACGAAAGGUCGCAGGUUCAAUUCCUGAGGAAGGACACUGCCGUUGUACGCUUGAGCAAAGGACUUAACCUGCAUUGAUUCAGUGCAUGUUCAGCGGUAUAAAUGGAUGCAGUGUAUAAAUGCGGUGUAAAAAGUUGUAUAAGUCGCUUGGGAUAAGCGCGUAUGCUAAACGCCUGUAAUGUGAUACAGGGAGUACUGGUCAGGAAGCUAACACUGCUGCAGCUGGGACUCAAAGCCAUUCUACCUGGAAAUGCUCGCCGGAAUGUGCACUCUUUUCUCUUUUUUUAAUUAAAAGACAACAUGUAUUAUUAA